AUGGCUGCUGCCGUGGACGCCCCGCCGCCCACCGCGGACAGCUUCCCCCUCCCCCUCGUCCUCCAGCAGCCAUCCUCGACGGCGCCCGAGCUCAUCACCCAAGGCGCCGAGGGCCGCCUCUACAAGACGACUUACCUCCUUCCCUCGCUCCCCUGCGCGCUCAAGUACCGCCCGCCGAAGCCCUGGCGCCACCCAACGCUCGACGCGCGCCUGACCAAGCACCGCAUCCUGUCCGAGGCGCGCAUCCUCGCCAAGUGCCGGCGCGAUGGCGUCCGUGUGCCUACCGUCUACGCCCUCGACGAGGCCCAGGGCUGGCUGAUGCUCGAGUGGAUCCCCGGCACGCCGGUGCGCGCCAACAUCAACGCCCGGCUGGGGAGCAGGACCGAGGGCAUCGAGCAGGACGAGGCGCUCAAAGGCCUAAUGCGGAAGAUCGGGGCCGCGGUAGGGAAGCUGCAUAAGAUUGGCAUCGUCCAUGGCGAUCUCACGACGAGCAACAUGAUGCUGGAUCCGACAGGGGGUGCGACGGCGAACGGGCACGCGGACGGUGAGAGCUUGCACGGCGAGGUGGUAAUUAUCGAUCUGGGACUGGCGAGCGGCGCGGUGCAGGAGGAAGAGAGGGCGGUCGACCUGUACGUGCUGGAGAGGGCGUUUGGGAGCACGCAUCCGCGCGCAGAGUGUGUGUUUCAAGAGGUGCUCGAUGCGUAUCGAGAAACACACAAGCAGGCCCCGGGCGUGCUGAAGAAGCUGGAGGAGGUACGGAUGCGUGGACGGAAGCGAAGCAUGCUAGGAUGA